CCUCACAGCUAUUAGUUUGUUUGCCUCCAUUUUAAUAGCAACAGCUCAGGCCGGGAAGAAGUGACCCCAGUCAGGAAGCAGGAGCUACCAUUUUUGCAGCCCCAGAUAUUCCACCUCAGAUCUAUUUCCCAUCUCUAAAGUGGGGAAACAAAGAUGUCACUUGCUCUGAACAGAAGAGAAAAUAAUAAGGAUGACUUUACAUCAUUUAGUAAGGGAGAAAAUGAUAAAGAGGAAAAGUUUGAAGACGCCUAUGAAAUGAUCCCUGCAGCAACAACAAUGGAUCUCAUAUCUUCCCUGGAAGAAUGCACAACUGGAUUGUAUUUGUUUCUGAAUAAUAGAUUCUCAGAUGCCAUAAAUCUCAUUUACCCCUGGUCGAAAAACAGCACAUACCAUGCUCUAAUUUACAGCAUCCUUAUGGUUGUUAAGGCCAUCCUGACUUUUGAUCCACAUGAUAUAGACAUUGGGCUGACUGCGGCAAAGGAAGCUUUGAGAACCUGUAACAAUUUCCGCAGAAAAUCUCGGAUGAUGAGUUUGUCUCAUCUAGUGAGUAAACAGGGCAUAAAGGCUAUCGAAGAGGAAUUGCAUGCAGAAGUCUGCUACGCUGAGUGUUUGAUCUUGAAAUCCACUGUAAUGUUUAUACAGGAUGACAGUGUGCUUAGUUUACUUAAAAGUGGCAUCAACAUUGGGUUAAGUUACCAAAUAUACAAAGACUGUCAGCAGGUACUAACACAGAUACAUAAUUACCAAAGCAAAACCUAUAAACACCUGGUUGGAGGCAUAAAGUUUGGACUUGGUGCAUUCAAUUUGAUAUUAUCACUUGUGCCACCAAAGACACUUAAACUACUCAACAUUGUUGGAUACUCUGGUGAUAGAGAGGUAGGCUUGACUUUGCUUCAUGAGAGUGCAUCUGAAUCCCAUAUAAAUAAUAUCUUAAGUGUUUUGACUCUAUUCUUUUAUUACAAUUAUAUCUCUGUAGCUUUUGGUGUUGAAAAAGGCCACAGUUCUGCUAUAGAGAAUCUCUCUCUAAUCUACCUCCAGAAAUUUCCAAACUGUGUCAUACUUAAAUUUUUUCAUGCACGUUUUAGUAUGCUGAAAGGAAGUUUUAAACGUGCCCAGUUAACACUGGAGGAGUGCAUUUUUAUUCAGAACGAAUGGAAGCAGGUUCAUCACCUCUGUUACUGGGAACUCAUGUGGUGCUACAUUUUUCUGCUGGAAUGGAGGCAGGCUUACCACUUUGCUGAUCUACUGUUUCAAAAUAGCAGAUGGUCCAAGGCAAUAUAUUCAUUCGCUAAGGCCUCACUACUGGCCGUGCUUCCUUCUGACUUUUUGAAAUCAGUAAGUGAAGACAUGAGCUCUCUCUUCUUAAAUGUGGAUAACCUGAGAAUCAGAAUUUUAGGAACUUCUGUGCCAAUAGAAAAGUUUGUUGCUGAGAAGGGUCAGCGCUAUGGUAGUACUCCUGGCUGGUUUACAGCACAGCCCAUCCUGGAAUUCAUUUAUGCCUGGAGUGGUUUCCGAGUCAUGAGCAAAAGGCUAGAACUUAUUUCCACCUGGCUAUCAAUAAUUGACAAAGGAGAAGAGCUCUUACGAGAAAAUCCAAAUAAAGAGUAUGGAAUUGAUGACAUAAGUUUGCUAAAUUUAUUGAAAGGUCUGUGCCUAAAAUACUUGGGAAAAUAUUCGUUGGCUGAGCACUACUUAAAUCAUGUCAUUCAAAAGGAGAAAUUGUUAAAAUAUGACCACUAUUUGGUGCCAUAUUCUUACUAUGAACUGGGUAUUCUAUACUAUCUUAAAGGAGAUUAUGCCAACGCAAUAAAAAGCCUAGAAAACAUAAAAAACUACAAAGACUAUUCCAUGGAAGCCCGAUUACAGUUUAGGGCUCAUGUGGCCCUUGAGCAAAUAGCUAAAGAGAAAUGAUUUAGACACAAAUUGCGGUUUUGUUUUUUUAUGAGUGAAAUGUCUACAAUCGGCAAGGUAAUUAACAGCUACAAAAAUAAUUUCUUUGUGGAAGAAAUCCAAGAAGAGGCAGCUGCUAAGAAUGUGACCAGUAACAAGGAAGAAAGGAAUUGGCUCUUACGUUUCUCUCUUUCGUUCUCUAUACCUAUAAAAUGGAAUGUCUUACACUGGCAAAUGGAGUGAUGCACUUUCUUGAAAAAGAAAAGGCAA